AUGUCAAAUACCACAUCUAACCCCGUGGUGGACAUUCACACGCACAUGUACCCGCCGAGCUAUAUAUCACUGCUUUCCAACAGAACAUCGGUGCCAUACAUACAUCAGCCAUCGGAUCCCAAAGCCGAUCCACGGCUGAUCAUCCUCGACUCCGACGAUGACCCGUCGCGGCCAAAAUCGUCCAGAGGACGACCUGUUGACAGCACGUAUUCGUCGUUCAACAAGAAGCGAGAAUUCAUGAAAGUACACGGCAUCACCUGCAGCGUCAUCUCACUCGCAAACCCGUGGCUCGAUUUCCUGGAGCCCGAGUCCGCUCUGAGGACGGCUGUUGGUAUCAACGACGAUCUCGAGCGUGCGUGCUCCGAGAACAAUGCCUCAGCCGAAUAUUCCGACCUCAAACUAUAUGCAUUUGGCAGUCUGCCACUCUCCGCGCCUGCGAAGGAUAUCGUCUCGGAGAUUCAACGCCUCAAGACCCUCCCCCAUGUGAAAGGCGUUAUCAUGGGCACCACGGGGCUUGGGAAGGGAUUGGACGACCCGGCUCUAGAUGACAUCUACGCCGCACUGUCUUCUACGAAGACCAUCGUCUUUCUUCAUCCUCAUUAUGGGCUCCCCGCAGAAGCGUUUGGUGGUCCAUCUGUUGUUGCGAGGUAUGGCCAUGUCUUGCCCCUGGCCAUGGGCUUUCCGUUGGAGACCACCAUUGCCGUGUCGAGGAUGUAUCUCGCCGGCGUAUUCGACCGACAUCCGAAGCUUGAAUUCUUACUUGCACAUUCAGGAGGGACAUUGCCAUUCCUAGCAGGCCGUAUUGAGUCCUGUGUGGCCCACGAGCGAGAAUUCAUCGCCAACGGUGGGCAGACUCAGGGUCCGCAAAGAUCUAUUUGGGAUGUGCUACACUCUAACCUCUACCUCGAUGCUGUAAUAUAUGGCCAGCCAGGGUUGAAGGCGGCGCUGGAAGCAGCGGGAAGCGUGGAUCGAAUCAUGUUCGGAACCGAUCAUCCGUUCUUUCCACCCUUGGGCGACGAGGAAGGGGCGAAAUGGUUGAGCGUGGAGAGCAAUAAAGGAGUCAUUGGAGACUCAUUCCCAAACGACGAGGAAGCCAGAAGGAAGGUUCUGGGUGGAAAUGCAGUCAGAGUGCUUGGCCUUGACUUAUGA